AUGCCUCCUGCGCCGCUCGAUGCGGCGCUGGCGAUGCAGCUCCGGCCCGGCCUCGGGCUCGGUGCGGAUGGCGCGUGGCUCGUGCGGUUCCUGAUGUCCUUCUUCGGCUGGCUGGCUGUGCUGGUCAGCGCUGGCAGGGCCACCCGUCGGGCCACGCCUGUGGCGGCGGCAGCGGCGGCGGGCGCCAAGAAGCCUGUCGUCGACGAGAAGCCUGCCGGCGAGCGUGAGCAGUCCAGUACCGACGCCUCCCAGGCUCUUGUCGCAGUCAAGUAA